UACGCAGUAGCAAACCACCUCUACCUUCAAUCAGUAGUUCUUACUUAAGCUCUGCCAACAAAUGGCUCAGUUCUUUCGCCACCAUGAGGAGAGCGAAGCGACAUGGGAGGUCGACUACAACAAGGAAGAGAAGCGUCACAGGCAAAGAGAAGAGCUUGCAGAGCUCGGCACCUUAGCCUCCGGUGCUUUUGCUUUGUAUGAGAAUUAUAAGGCGAAGAAGGAUCCCGAACACGAGCGCAGGCACAGAGUGGAGGAGGAGAUAGCUGCAGUGGCAGCAGUGGGCGGUGCAGGGUAUGCUUUGCAUGAGCAUCAUGAGAAGAAAGAGGCGAUUCAGGAAGGCAAACGCUAUUAUUACAACUACUAGCUAGCUUAAGUAAGCUGUUCUUAUGAUGGAGAUCUGGCAAGUAUUUCUAAAUAAAUCAUGGCUUCUGUCCUUCUAUGUCAUGUGGCUUGGUCCUGUAUAGCCUUAUCAAUGGGAAUAAAAGUUAACAUGUUCUACCUA